AUGGAGGAAACCCAGCGCACCGCACAGUACGACAUGUCAAACGCCACGCAGUUCAAGUGCAGCACCGUCAUGGCCGCCACAUGUGACGAAGCUGCUUGCACUGCGUGGUGUAUGCAGGUCGGGCUUCUCAAGUCAAAGAUGCUGUGUCCGUCGUGCGCGAAAGACAUGACCUUGAGCGGGACAAGGUGGCGAUGCCGUCGUGCUGGCUGUGGUUCCAUCGAGCGCAGCAUGAAGGUUGGAUCGUUCGAAGAACGAUCCAAACUUCCAUUGUCCAAGGCGGUGCGGCUAAUGUAUGCAUGGGCCUCGCGAAAGCCGGUUACGGUCGCCGCCCGCGAGACGUAA